AUGAAGGAGGCGGCGGUGGAGCGAGAGCGCGACAACACGCUGCGAAACAUUGAAAAGAAGCAACGAGAAGAGGCGGAACGCGCGGCGGACGAGGCGCGACUCGCCGCGGCGCGAGCGAGCGAACCCGCGGCAUCGUCGGCGAGGCCAGAGAAGCGCAAGCGACGAUGGGACGCGAAACCGGACGACAGCGCGGCGCGAAGCGGGCAGGCGCCGGCGCCGGCGCGCCGCCCAUCAGAGUGGGAAACGAUGGAAAGCGGCACGCGAGCGGCGGACGUCAAACCGACGCCGCGACGCUCGAGAAGCCGUUGGGACGAGACGCCGAUGAUUCGCGCGGGUGGCGAUCCGAGCGCCACGCCGGCGUGGACGGGUGGCGAGACGCCCGUCAUCGCCGCCGGUGGGGAGACGCCGAAAAUCACGGCUGGUAUGGCGACGCCAUCUGCAGCGCAAAUCGCCGCGCACGCCGCCAUGCAAUCGAACGUUCCUUUGACGCCCGAGCAGUAUCAGCAGAUGCGUUUUCAACGGGAAAUCGAAGAGCGCAACCGACCGCAGACGGAUGAGGAACUCGACGAGUUGUUGCCGUCCGAAGGGUACAAGAUUCUCGAGCCACCGGCGAGCUACGUGCCCAUUCGCACGCCUGCGCGUAAGCUCAUGCAAACGCCGAUGCCGUACGGCUCAAACGCCGGCUUUUUCAGCAUUCCCGAGGAGGAUCGCGGGCAAAAAUUUGACGUCGCCCUCGUCCCCGAAGGUUUGCCGGAGAUGAAACCCGAGGACGUGCAGUACUUUGCACCUUUGUUGAAAGAAACGGACGAGGAAGCCUUGACGAUCGAAGAGCAGAAGGAGCGCAAGAUUAUGCGUUUGUUACUUCGAGUCAAGAACGGGACGCCGCAGCAGCGCAAGACGUCGCUUCGUCAAAUCACCGAUCGCGCCAAAGAGUUCGGCGCCGGACCGUUGUUCAACCAGAUUUUACCUUUGCUCAUGUCGCCGACGUUGGAAGAUCAAGAGCGUCACUUACUCGUCAAGGUGAUUGAUCGCAUCUUGUACAAGCUCGACGACUUGGUGCGCCCCUACGUGCACAAGAUUCUCGUCGUCAUCGAACCUUUGUUGAUUGAUGAGGACUACUACGCCCGCGUCGAGGGGCGGGAAAUCAUUAGUAACGUCGCAAAGGCUGCAGGAUUAGCGACGAUGAUCGCCGCUAUGCGCCCUGACAUUGAUAACGUGGAUGAGUACGUGCGGAACACGACGGCGAGAGCGUUCGCCGUCGUCGCGCAAGCGCUCGGCGUGCAGUCUUUGCUUCCUUUCUUGAAGGCGGUGUGCCAAAGUAAGAAGAGUUGGCAAGCGCGUCACACGGGCAUCAAAAUCGUUCAGCAAAUCGCAAUCCUUCACGGGUGCGCCGUGCUGCCGCACCUCAAAUCUUUGGUGGACAUCAUUGAAAACGGUUUGGGCGAUGAAAACCAAAAGGUGCGCACCAUCACCGCGCUUUCCAUCGCCGCGCUCGCUGAGGCUGCGACGCCGUACGGUAUCGAGUCGUUCGAUAACGUUCUCAAACCGUUGUGGAAAGGCAUUCGCGCACACCGAGGGAAAGUGUUAGCCGCGUUCCUCAAGGCCAUCGGUUUCAUCAUUCCGCUCAUGGACGCGAUGUACGCCAACUAUUACACCCGCGAGGUCAUGGUGAUUCUGAUUCGUGAAUUCGCUACUGCGGACGAAGAGAUGAAGAAAAUUACGUUGAAAGUUGUCAAGCAGUGCGUAGCCACCGACGGGGUCGAGCCAGAGUACAUUCGAGCCGAAGUCAUGCCUGAAUUCUUCAAACAUUUCUGGGUUCGACGCAUGGCUCUCGAUCGACGCAACUAUCAACAGCUCGUGGAGACGACGUUGGAGGUUUCCUUAAAAGUCGGUGCCGCGGAAAUCAUCGGGCGAAUCGUGGAAGAUUUGAAGGAUGAGUCCGAGCCUUAUCGCCGUAUGGUGAUGGAAACAAUCACCAAGGUGAUUGAAGAGCUUGGUACGGCGGACGUGGACACUCGCAUGGAGGAACUCCUGAUUGACGGCAUGCUGUACGCCUUUCAAGAGCAAACGUCGGAUGAGAAUGAUAUCAUGCUCAAGGGCGUCGGUACCAUCGUCAACGCCCUUGGACUUCGUGCGAAGCCGUACUUGCCCCAAAUUUGCGGUACGAUCAAAUGGCGCAUGAACAACAAAAGCGCCGACAUUCGCGAACAAGCGGCUGAUUUGAUCAGCGCCAUCGCUCCCGUGAUGCGCAAGUGCGAAGAAGAGCAACUUCUCGGGCACUUGGGGGUCGUUUUGUACGAGUACCUCGGUGAAGAAUAUCCCGAAGUUUUGGGUUCGAUUCUUGGCGCGUUGAAGGCGAUCGUGAGCGUGCAAGGAAUGACGCGAAUGACGCCGCCGAUUAAGGAUCUUCUCCCGCGAUUGACGCCAAUUUUGAAGAAUAGGCACGAGAAGGUGCAAGAGAACACGAUCGAUUUGAUCGGUCGAAUUGCCGAUCGAGGUGCGGAGUACGUCGCCGCGCGCGAGUGGAUGCGAAUUUGCUUUGAACUUUUAGAAUUGUUGAAGGCGCCGAAGAAGGCGAUUCGCCGCGCGACGGUGAACACGUUUGGUUACAUCGCCAAGGCGAUUGGUCCGCAAGACGUGCUCGCGACGCUUUUGAACAACCUCAAGGUACAAGAGCGUCAAAUGCGCGUGUGUACGACUGUGGCGAUCGCAAUCGUUGCGGAAACGUGCGCGCCGUUUACCGUGCUACCGGCGCUCAUGAAUGAGUACCGCGUGCCCGAGCUCAACGUGCAAAACGGCGUGCUGAAAUCGUUGGCGUUUUUGUUCGAGUACAUUGGAGAGAUGGGAAAGGAUUACAUCUACGCCGUCACGCCGCUGCUCGAAGACGCGCUCAUGGAUCGAGAUCUGGUACACCGCCAAACUGCGGCGGUGACGGUAAAGCAUCUCGCCUUGGGAUGCGCUGGUCUUGGAUGCGAAGACGCCGUGACGCAUCUGAUCAAUUACACUUGGCCCAACGUAUUUGAGCCGUCGCCGCACGUCAUCAACGCUGUGACGGAGGCGAUCGAAGCCGCACGAGUGGCGCUCGGACCACAUUUCGUACUCGCAUACACGUUGCAAGGGCUAUUCCAUCCCGCACGCAAGGUUCGCGACAUUUACUGGAAGAUUUACAACACGCUGUACAUUUCAUCCGAGGAUGCUCUCGUGCCGGCAUACCCGGCGCUCGACGACGACGGACCGAACACGUACCGUCGCGUCGAGCUUGACUGUUUCGUGUAG